UACAGCACAACAACAAAACGCUGCAUUCAGUGGGAAUCGGAGGAGAGACUCCCAGAAACCGCCAGCUCGACUGUGUUGCAGCUCCCUCUGCUUCCUCUCUCUUCCUCCCGUCCGUGUUGCUGCUCCCUCCGCUCCUCCUGCUCCUUCUCUCCAUCUCCGUGUGUUUAAAGGAGUUGAGCUCAUGUACAGUCGCCCCCCCUCUCAGCUGAACAGAGACUGCGAUGCAUAAUUCACUUCCAGCCCGGGGACACCACAGACUCGCCCCUACAGGAGAGCCGAGCCUGCGGAGCUGCAGCCGCUGCGCAGCCCGCGGACCGAGGCGCUGAUGCGGCCGCGUCCAGCUCGCUGCUCCGGCACGGAUGGAGAUUCAACCUUGGAGGAGGGCGAGCGCCGCGUGUGAUGCAGGUACCGCAUGACUUCCUGCGACCGAACCGAAGGAGGACGAUGCUGAUCUGCGGUGUAAACAUUGCCAUGCCCUGCCUCAUGCAGCACCUCCUCCGACUCUGUGUCUGCUGCUCCGCCAGCCCAGGACACCGGGUUCUGUUUUAGGGGAUCGCUGCUCUCGGAGUUCGAUAUUUUUGGAGUUGUGUUCGGGAUAGAGAGGCCACGCUCUGCUCUGUAGCCUACUUUAGUGAUCGGACACCCUGACUUUGUUGGGGUCAUGUUGAGCGGCCAUGCUGCAGGCAGCAUCCUGCGAUCUGUUCCCAACCUGAGCUGAACUGAUGUCUGAAGCAGGAAACUACAAUCUUGGCUGUGAUACUGGUGACAUUUCUUCAGCUGUGCAGCUACUUCACUUUACAAACAUGAGCUCCUCUGGCUUUACAAGGAUGUGAUCAGCUGCAGACUUGAUCUAAAUGAGCAGAACAUCUCUGAUAUUAAUCAAACUGCUUGGUGGGACCAGUGUCCUUAUUAUCACAGUUCAUACUGAGGCAGCUCCAUGGGGGCCAAGCAGAGCAAAGGCCAGGAGCCCGGCGGGGCCAGUCCUCAGCACAGCUGGAAACGGACUCCCACCAAGGAGAAGGGGGACAUUUUGGCCUCCCUGAUGCUGAAAUCUGGAGACCGGCUGAACCGAGCGGGGACGCCGCCGCCGCCACCAUACCAGCGCCGGAUUGGGAUGAUCCAGGAGAUGAUGAUGAUGGCCAAGCAGGGCAAGCAGGACGAAGCCACAGAGAUGCUGAAGACACUCAGACAGGAUCUGGGAAUGGAGUCAACGUCUUUGGACGACGUUCUGUAUCGCUACGCCAGCUUCAGAAACCUGGUCGACCCCAUCACACACGACCUGAUCAUCAGCCUCGCCCGAUACGUCCACUGCCCCAAGACGGAAGGAGACUCUCUUGGGGCGAUGGAGAAGGUUUGUCGUCAGCUGACGUACCAUCUCAGCCCCCACUCCCAGUGGAGGAGACACGGACUGCUCAAGAGGAAGCCUCAGGCCUGCCUAAAAGCGGUGCUGUCAGCCCCGUUGUCCAGCGGCGCCCUGGAUCUGUCUGGCAUCCCUCUAACGACUCGCGACAUGGAGCGUCUGUCUGCCCACCUGCAGCGUCACGCGUCCAGCGUGGUCAGCUUAGAGCUGGGCUUCACCGAACUGACUGACGAAGCUUUCCUCCUGCUCCUCCCCACGCUGGCUGCUCUGCCACACCUGGAGACCCUGGCUCUGAACGGAAACAGACUGACCAGAGCUAUUCUGAAGGAACUCACUGAUGCCCUGAAGGAUCCAAGCAGCUUUCCAAGUGUGACAUGGAUUGAUUUGGGGAACAACGUGGACAUCUUCUCCUUGCCUCAACCCUUCCUGGUCAGCCUGAGGAAGCGCUGCCCCAAGCAGGGCAAUCUGCCCACCAUCCUGGAGUUUGGCGAGAGUCAGGCCAGCGACGCUCCCGAAAGGCCAAGGGGUCUCGGAGAGGAGGAGGAGACAGACGAUACCAACCUGACUGAGAGCAUGGGCGAGCUCCGAUCGGAGGUGGAGGAGGAGAUGGACGGAGAGACGGAGAUCGAGGAGAUGAUGGAAGAGCUGUUGGACUUCGACAGGGAGAUUCAGGGCAAAGACGACGACGAGGACAGCAUGUGGACGCUGGGGGAGCAGCGGAGAGCGACAGUGAGGAGCAGGAGAGCGUGGCGAGAGGAGGAAGAGAAGGAGAAGGAAAAAGAGAAGGAGGACCAGAAGAGAGACAUAAGACCCGGGAGGAGGGCGGUGAUGGCGGAGGACGAGGACGACACACAGAGCCGUUCAUCCCGCCUGUCCUGCUCCAGCCAGUCCCAACACUCCUUUGCUAUAGUUGAGCCAAUGAGAGUGGAGGAGGAGGACAUGACGGACCAAUCAGAACAUUUAACCUGA